AUGCUGAAGCCUACAUCGCCUUCGAAUCCCCUCGAUGUCGGACCGGCCGUCAGUCAUGGCGGUGUCCCAUGGCUUGUUGUCGUGGGUUGGGUGGGUUUGAUCUGGUAUUGCACCGUGAUGCUUGUUUGUGUUUUAGGAUAUUUUCAGCUAUGGAAGUACUUCCUUUCACGACCGAACAAGUCUUACUCCGACAUUGCCCCCAAUGCUCCCCAUGUCACCGCCAUCCGACCCGUCAAAGGCCUUGAACCACAUCUUUAUGACUGUCUAGCUGCCACAUUUCGCCAAGAUUAUCCUCAGGACAAAUUGACUGUCCACUUUUGUGUCGCAUCUCGGAACGACCCCGGCUACCCGACGCUCCAGAGACUCGUGGCUGAUUUCCCCCACGCUGAUGCGCGUAUCUACAUCGAAGAGGAGGAUCCGUUACUCCAGGAUGAGAGCUCCUAUAAUCUGGGUCCGAACCCGAAAAUCCGGAACAUGAGUCGAGCAUACCGCGAGGCCAAGGGUGACAUCAUCUGGAUCCUCGAUUGUAACGUCUGGGUUGGAAGAGGCGUCUGUGGAAGGAUGGUGGAUCGACUGUGUGGAUUCGGGGUGAAGCCAGGCAAAAAAUACAAAUUUGUGCAUCAUCUGCCAGUUGCGGUCGAUGUGACUGGAGAUUCUGGGGUGCGAGAAGAGCAACGCGCACUGUUAGAGGCCUACGCCAAUGGUGAUGCAGAUCUCGAGGGACACGAUGCUACCGCCAUUCAGAAUAAACACCAAGAUAUCGGGAUCAUUGCCAACGGGGGAGGUCGUCUGGAGGAAUUGUUUCUGUCCUCAUCUCAUGCGAAAAUGUACACCGCGAUCAACACGGUGCUUAUUGCCCCAUGCAUUGUGGGCAAGUCCAAUAUGUUCCGACGGUCCCAUCUUGAUUACCUGACUGCUCCCUCUUCCAAUGACCCCCAUCCACGGAAUCCUGGAAUCGACUAUUUCUCUGACAACAUCUGCGAGGAUCACUUAAUCGGGGAUCUCCUGUGGAAGAAACGUGUGCGGGAGGAAAAGGAACUGGGUGAGCGCUGGGGAAAGCAUGGUAUGGUUUUUGGAGACCUUGCCUUCCAACCUGUUGCGGACAUGAGUACCCAGGCCUAUCUGGCACGGCGAGUUCGGUGGUUGCGAGUUCGCAAAUUCACUGUUCUUCUGGCGACAUUGGUCGAGCCUGGAACAGAGUCAUUCGUCUGUUCUUUAUACGGCGCUUGGGGGGUGACGACAUCUCUGGCUCAGCACUUAGAACAGAAAGGAUACGAGUUUGCCCCUCACCUGACUACCUGGACUGCCUUCUUUGCCUUCUACGCUCUCAGCAUGAUAACCUGGGUUCUGGUGGACUGGACUUUAUACAUCAAAUUGCAUUCAGCCAAGACAGUCGAGCUUGAUGAAGAGACACCACCCUUUGCGCAACCACCGCCUAAAGGCUCAACCACCAAACGCCCCUUUCUUCACUGGUUCGCGGCGUGGCUGGGACGAGAGACUUUGGCACUGCCUAUUUGGAUCUGGGCUUUCUACGGAGGCGUCACGGUUACCUGGCGUGAGCGUCGCUUUCGAGUUGGGCUAGAUAUGAAGGUGCGCGAAAUUGAGACAGGACCAAAGAGUAUCUCAUAG